AGGGCAUGCGGCGCAGCUGUGCAGGUGCCCUGGCUGGCCUGCGUCGACGAGGCGUGUGCGCUGUACUGGGCGCAGUGGGACAAGCUGAUCGAGGUGUUCCAGAACACGCUGGAGCAGAAGCAGGAGGCCCUGAAGGGGCAGGCGGACGCCUGCGCCUACGACGCCGCGCUGCUGAACGAGUGCAUGCAGCUCCACAGCAUGCUCCACGACAGCAUCCCAGCGAGCUUCGCUGCUUUCCAGGUGGAGACAUUCCAGCUGGCCGUGCGCAUGAACUCCGCCGGCUCGCCGUUCGGUCAGGCCCUCGCUGAGCGGCUCCGCGACCCGGAGGCUUGGUGCGAGCGCAUCGCCACGCCGUCCGCGGCCGCCCUCCGACGGGCGCACGCGGCCCUGGCGGACGCCGGGCCCGCCUCGGCCGCGCUGGCGGCUCGGGCUUCCAAGGC